AUGUCUUGGUCACCAACACAGCAAAAAAGGCUAGGAUUUGAGAAAGACUUAUUGGAGCAAUAUUUCCGUGGUAGGGUUUCCUGGAUCAAUCCAACUGGAAACACAAGAGUUGAGGUCAGAGUAACUUGCACUAACGACAAACAGUACACACUUCGAGUGUAUUUGCCUUCAGACUACCCCAACUCUUGCCCUGAUAUGGUGGUGAGCAAUCCAUCAUCUUGUUUGCGGAAGAGAGACGGAUCUUCACUGAGCAACACAGAUGGAGGCAAUCACACUUUAGACAGCAGGGAUGGCUGCACAAAGAUUUGCCACUUUAGAAGUAAUUUGUGGCGGGAUGAUAACACACUGUACCAGGUGGUCAUGAAGGGUUUGAUAUGGCUGGAGGCUUAUGAGGCACAUCUUCGAACUGGAAACUCCCUGAGCAAAUACUUGCAAGAAAUGUAG